AUGGCUCAUUCUUUCUUCUGCCAAUUGCUCAAAUAUUUGUCCUCUAAAGAUAAGUUGGAGGCUGCUCUUAAUAUCGAAGUUGAUGGAGAGUCAUCGAAGUAUCAUGGCAAUCGCCAAUAUCGUAAGUUUAUUCGGCGUGAUCAUAUUCAAGGACACGAGCGCCUAUUUGGCAAUUAUUUCACAGAAAAUCCAAUAUAUCCUUCAAACUUAUUUCGAAGGAUAUUUCAGAUAAGUCGUCCCUUAUUUCUUCGUAUUCUAAAUGAGGUAGAGGCUUACAAGCCGUACUUCGUCCAGAAAAGAGAUAAUGCCGGAAGACUUGGGUUAUCUUCUAUGCAAAAGAUAACCACAACCCUUAGAAUGCUGGCGUAUGGAGUUAUAAAAGAUUUUAUAGAUGAAUACAUACGUAUUGGUGAAAGCACUACAACGAAGAGCUUAAAGAAAUUUUGCAAGACAAUGGUAACUGUUUUUUCAGAUGAAUAUUUGCGAUAUCCAAAUACUGAUAAUAUUACUCGAUUGCUUGCAGUUGGUGAACAACGGGGAUUCCCAGGAUGGCAUCAACACUACUAUUUAGCUAUGUGGAGACAAGUAACUUGUCUUCUUCGAGUGUAA